AUGUUGCAGGCUCGGCCUGUGUUACAAACCUCGACCUCUGCUCAAUUGGACAACAGAGAGUAUCACGAGCGCUUUAUGCGGGAAGCUAUUCGAAUGGCAGAGCUGGCCCUCGCAAACGACGAAACUCCCGUCGGCUGCGUCUUCGUCCGCAACGGCGCCGUAAUCGGCAGAGGCAUGAACGACACGAACAGAGCUCUAAACGGUACACGGCAUGCAGAAUUCGUAGCUUUGUCUCAAAUCCUGGCCGAGCACCCCAUCAGCAUCUUGAAGGAGACGGAUCUGUAUGUUACGGUGGAGCCGUGCGUUAUGUGUGCUUCGGCGCUUCGGCAGUUUGGCAUCAGGGCUGUGUAUUUUGGGUGCUGGAAUGAGAGAUUUGGGGGCACUGGGGGAGUAUUGAAUGUGCAUAACGAGUAA